UCAAGUGCUUUGGAACUUCAUGUAAUAUUUUCUGUCAACAAAGGUGUUCGUAGAAGGACUGGACCUCUUGACACUAUUGAACUAGCCAAAAGAUUUUAAGCGUUACCCAGGUGUGAUCUAUACAAUUUGACAUUAGUGUAUUUAGUGUUUACAGAAAUGGGUCCGAAGAACUCAAUUUCCUCUUCAGUAAUGGAGUUAUGUUUAGGUUGCCAUAAUUACACAAGAAGUCACUAGUAUGAGUCGGUGAUAUUUCAGAGAUGUCUACUGUUAAACCGUGGUUUUGCUUCGUUCUGCCUAACAACAGGAAGCAUUUUUUUUCUUUCACAGGAUGUGGUUUCAGACAUGCAAGUUUAAGAGGAAGAGGGGAGGGCUCGGAGAGAGAGCACAUAAAAAAAUUUGUCUUGAUCUCUCUUUCUCUAAAAAGUUGGGACAGGUGUUUCAAAGAUUUAUUUUCAGAUUUUUUUAUUUAAUAUUCUUGUAUUUGCUGGAGAUCCUUAUCAUAAUAUCUGAAGAUGUUAUGAGAGAGGCAAAGAUGGAGCCUGAAGAGACGGAGAUUGAUUCACCACUUUCCUGGUCUCCUGUACAUCGAGAAAGACUCCUCACUUGUGCUAACCUUUCAGAUAUUGCUGGGAAGAAAAGAAAACAAGACCCAAGUAGUGAUGCUGAGAAUUCAGCCAGAAUCUUGGAGGACUGCGAAGAUGAUGACUUUCCCAUCAAUGACCACAUACAGGAUUCUGAGGGUCCUUGUAACAAAAGAGUCAAGCCAGUAGACAAAAGUGCUUCAGUCACUGGCAUCAUAACACCAGUAAAGACCCCUGCGCUGAAACGUUUGGGGCAGUCCAUACAGCGUUCCAUCAGUUUCCGCACAGAGGCCCGCCCAUUGCCUCCAAUGCCAAUAAGAACACGCCAGAAGGCCUCUUCAUUUCCACGGCGACGGAACAGCCAGCUGUGGAGCGACACAGUGGACACUCUGAGUCAUGAGCUUAGUACUAAAGAGAUUAAGCGACAAGAGGUAAUCUAUGAGUUGACACAGGGAGAGAAGCAGCUAAUUGAGGAUCUAAGUCUAGUGAAAAAGGUGUACUAUGAACCAAUGUUGAAAUUAGAUAUAAUGACAGAAAGCGAGCUGGGCCAGAUAUUUGGAACACUUGAAUCUUUAAUACCCCUUCAUGAAGAUCUUUUAACUCGUCUUGAAGGUCUGCGUGGAGCAGAGAAGACUGUGCAAGAGGUCGGCCCAACCAUGACGGAUUGGUUUCCCUGUUUGGAGGCGUAUAUCACAUAUUGCUGUAAUCAGGUUGGGGCAAAAGCUCUGCUUGAUCAAAAGAAACAAGAUCGUCGAGUAGAGCAUUUCUUGCGGCUGUGCCAGGAGUCAUCCUUCAGCAGAAAGCUGGACCUGUGGAACUUUCUGGACUUGCCUCGCAGCAGACUGGUGAAAUACCCUCUGCUUCUAAAGGAAAUUCAGAAGAGCACUCCACCUGAUCAUCCAGAUGAGGAGGCCCUGCCUCUGGCUAUGGAUCUAAUCCAGAGAAUUAUAACAGAAGUAAACCUUAAAACUGGAGAGGCUGAGUGUCAGUUUUAUAGACGUGGACUGUACUACUCAGAAGAUGGCCAGAGGGUUCCUGAAAUUCAGGCCUCUCGUUUUUUGUACUGCCACGGUGAACUGAAAAGUUCUAAAGGACAGAAGCUGCAUGUGUUCCUCUUUGAGCUGGUACUGGUUUUGACCCGACCAGUGGCACAAGACAGGGAAGGAUCAGUCCAGUUCCAGGUGUAUCGCCAGCCCCUCCCAGCUGCUCACCUCCAUCUGGAGGACCUACCUGAUGGAGAACCAAGCAGUUCUGGAUCCUUCCGUGGAGCAUUCACGGGCAAUGAUAAAGUAAAGAACUGUUUCCGUUUAAGCACCACGGGGCGCUCAAAGUCUCAAUCCCACUGCCUGCAGGCCAAUGACUCCUUCAACAAACAGCAAUGGAUUUCCUGUCUGCGCCAAGCAAUGGUCCAAUCACGAGACAGACAGGCCCAAGCCAACCGUUCCAAUCCCUCUGACCGGUUGAGCCAUGACCCUGCACUCUAUAACAACAUUGCUGAAAUGAGCAUUAACUCUGAUGUGGAGAUGCCAGACACAUAGGCCAGGGCUCACGCUGCUGCCCAGUUCUGUAGUUCAUCGACAAAUAGAAAGCCCUUGUACUGUUACAAUGAUAGCUACCUUCCUCAGGAUAAAUGACUUCACCCAGGCCCUGUCACACACCUUAUAUAGAAAACUGUUGCAGAACUUUAUUUUGCAAUAGACAGUAUAUAUAUAUAUAUAUAUAUAUAUAUAUAUUUUUAGUAAAGUUAAUUAAAAAACAAAUAAUGGUGGCCACACAAAAUAUUUACACUUUGGGCCCAAUUUGGACAUUUUCACUUUUGUUGCCAGCUGUUUAGACAUUAAUGGCUGUGUGUUGAGUUAUUUUGAGGGGACAGCAAAUUUACUCUGUUAUACAAGCUGUACACUCUCUACUUUACAUUGUAGCAAAGUGUCAUUUCUUCAGUGUUGUCACAUGAAAAGAUAUAAUCAAAUAUUUACAUUUACAGAUAUAAUUGUGAGGGGUGUACUCACUUUUGUGAGAUACUGUACGUGUGCAUAUUCAUAUGUGGAUGUUUGCUGUUGCCAGAUGUCUCAUGGAGGGAACAUUUUGUAUUCAAUUAAUGCUUCUUGCUUAACCUGUUUAAUUUACAUUGGGAAUGUUGUGUGAUAUUUGUUGAACAAAGAAGCCUAUAUAUUGGACAUGAGGACAACUCACAAUUCCUUGUUCCUUUUAUUUGCACCUUAUUUCUCACCAUCUGAUCUGGUUAAUAAACAAGAAGAUUGGUGCAAUCUAAAUGGUAACUAAUGUUGUACUGUAUGUGGCUAUGCUUUUCAUCGAACUUUGCAGCGUUAGAGCUAAUGGUACUUAGUUUUUUUUAAAGAUAUAAACCUGAAUGUAGCAAGAAUGCCUUUAUUUGUCAUUUCUCUUAAUUUAAAGGUUUGCUUGGACAUUUUUUAAAUGUAUUUGCUCCUUUUUUCCCUACAAUGCAUAAUGGUUACAAUUUUGUUUUCAAUAAACUGACAACU